AUGGUCGAGAUCCGCCCCGCUCGCUCUAUUUCGGGCGCGAUUGUACGCUGUUUGCAAAGCCGGCGCUCUCGAAUCACUCUAGCCGUCCUUGUCUUUAUCGCUGUUCUGGCUGCUGUGAUCCCUCCGGCGGUUGUGGUGACACUACACAAGAAGAACGAUAUGGGCCCCAAAUCGAAGGUCUUUGUGCCUCUCUAUGUGUACCCUGCACCCGGAGCCUGGACUCCGCUUGAAGAUGUGAUCUCCAAACACCCAAACGUCAACUUCACGGUUGUGAUCAAUCCUGGGAGCGGACCGGGACCAGACGCUUUGCCUGAUGCCAACUAUACAUGCGAGAUCCCGAAGCUCGCCUCCUACGAGAAUGUGCGGCUUUUAGGCUAUGUGGCGACGACUUAUGCGAAGCGCAACAUCUCGCUGGUGCGCCAGGACAUCGAGACCUAUGCGGCGUGGCCCACCAACAGUUCCAACCCCGAUCUAGCUGUUCGGGGGAUCUUUUUCGACGAGACCCCCCAACAGUACGAUGAGGAAGCCUUGGCAUACCUGCAAGAGCUUACCGAUGUGGUGAAAAAAUCGCCUGGUUUUGGUCCAGAUCAUUAUGUUGUCCACAAUCCCGGGGCGAUACCGGAUUCGCGCUACCUGUCGACAGCCGAUUCGACAGUGGUGUUUGAAGCGACCUAUGACACUUUUCAGGAACGCCAUGGGGCCAACUUGUUCGCGGUGAUCCCGGAGAGCAACCGCAGCCAGCUGUGUGCGGUGAUCCACUCGGUGCCGGAGAGCGUCGAAGGGACCGCGCUCCGUGGACUGGUCAAGCAGGUUCGCAAGGUUGCAGAAGAGAUUUUCAUCACGCACUUGAGCAGCAACUACUACGCCAGUUUUGGGGGGCAGUGGAAUGAGUUUGUGGAUUUGAUGGCGAAAUGA